AUGAACUUGGAAGAAGACGUAAGUUUCUACCGAAUGAGCAAGAGGAUUAAUAUUUUUUGACAUGCUUUCUAUGAGGUAUGACUGCAUUUUUAAGGACCUUGCAAAAUUAUGAGAAAAAUGCAUGCUACGUAAGCAGUCAUUUUUUACAGAUAGCCGUUUUUGCUUGGAGCCGGAAAGAAGUCCAUUCGAAUGCUGGCAUCCUGAGGUGACUGAAUAAUUAUGGAAUUAUUCUGGAAUGAAAACGCAUUUCGGAAUUUCGGUUGACAUUUCAUGAAUUAGCCCAUAUUCCGUAGCUAUAUAUAUACAUAUUGGUAACAGUAUUGAGUACAUUUUCGACGUCGGUUCCCCAUUUCGUCGUCAGACUAGAGUAACUGUGCAGAAAACGAUUAAAAUUUCAAACGUGCUACUAAAGCAGUACUCAUUUGGUGCCUGCGUUCCAAUCUACAUAUAUACGUAGAGUGUUAUCGUCGACCCAGACAAGGGAGACUGGAAUGGCUAUUUCUGCCUUAUUAGGCGUCCUCAGACGUGGCACACCUGAGCUUGAUCUCGCAAACUGUUAGUUAGAAGUCGAAACCCUCUAACAACGAAGCUGCGUGCUCGUUGUCCUGUCGGUUUUGAUCGGAAUACACAAUUUUUGAGUUGGGCUUACCAAUAGUCUCCCUUGUCUUGGUCGGUAAUAACAUUCUGCCUUUAUCAUGCGCCGCUGUGCACCUGCUGAUUAGGCUCGAGGGAGAGCCCGUAAGGCAUAACGCAACGAUAUUAUGAUGCAAUUGAUUUAAGUCUUGCAAACUACAACCUAAGGUCUGGAAGACAAACAUUCCAUCAACAUACCAGGCUGUUUUGUAAGUUCAGAUCCCUUAGUGUUAUUCAUUGCCCGCGUUCGGCAGCUAGUAGCGACAGGAACAGGCGAAAUCCAACGUACACCUCCGGAAUUCAAGUCACAUUUAUACAUACACUUAAUGUUUUGAUUGGAUCUCUGAAAUGACAGCUUCCACUGGUGACAUGUUUUGCAUCCAGCAGCGGGUGAUGAUUUAUGACUUGACUGUCAUCGAAUCGUAUUGUUCCUUUGCAAUGACCGGAACAUGAACCCACCCAUAACCAGCCUGAAAGUCAUUCUUAAGUUGUUUAUAUGAACUCUAUUUGGAUAGACCUUUGACGUUUACUCUACGAAAUUCUCGAGCUAACAUAUUCCACCGCCUCAGCGAACGAAUUGCGUCGAAACUCGAUUUUAGCUAACAGACGGCGAGAAAGAAAUAGGUUUCUAAUCCUUCCUCAAAAAGAAUUGAAUUCAUUCGCGCAGUCGAAGCAGAUGUGAAAUUAUUUUCUACUUAACUUCUGUGUGUAAGGAGCUUGUAAGUGGAUGCCAUAAUUCCCUACGGAGAUCAGACCACUAUCAUGCGCUAUUCAAUGUCCCGCCGUUUCAGACAUUCGCCUAAGUAACACUUUCUCCUGGAACGUACCCCGGAGGAUUUCUUUCAGUUUUAUGAGUUCCAACUCUAGUCUAAAAGAUGGACAGAAUAUUCAAACUAUUCGAGGAUUGAAAGUCAGGCUAAAUGCGAAACGCAUGUCGGUGACACAAUAUGCUGCUACGAGCAUUACGUAUUUAAUUAACACGAAUGAUUCGAUUCUCAUGUUGUGAGGAGAAAUUGAGGUGGUAAUAAAAAUGUUUGGUCACUUGACCACCAGGGACUUUCGUUCUGUAGUCAAAUCUAAAAGCCAAAGGAAUUUGUCGGUUUCUCGGGUGUUGAUAAUAUUCCUGAAGAUAGAACUCCGAAGGAGAUCUGUUGGAACACUGGAUGCUGAGACAUCUUGCCUCAAAAAGCCCUGCUUAAACGUGGAUAACCAGCAGGUUUCAUCGAAAAGUACAGUAACACUUUACGGCCAAAAUCGACGGAGCAAUCAGUUCCGAAAAGACCUGUUGUAAUAUACUUACCAUUUAAGGGUGACAGCAUUUUAAUUACCAUUAAACGGCGAUUGAGAUGUGCCAUUUAAAGAACGUGCAAAGCAGCUGGACUCAUAUUCUGCAGCCCCACUAAGGGUAUCCCAGCUCCACGGGCGAAGGAUGCCUUGCCAUUGCACGCCACGUCAAAUUGUGUUUACGAAUUCACAUGUAUUUGUGGAUGCAAGUACAUUGGGUCAACGCAAGGGCAACUGACAGCCAGGUCAGUUGAGCACCUGCCUAAAUGGUUUCUAAAACAAGAGAAUAAGAUUUCACGGUCUUCUAUUACAGAACACCUCCUCGAUAGCGGUCAUUCUGCUGACCCCAAAACAUCUUUUCGAGUAUUAGACCAGGCGCGAAUAACUCGGAUACUGCGGUACUUGGAGGCUGCCUACAUGCGGCGGAAGAAACCCGACCUAUGCAAACAGUUAGAACACGUCGUCAACCUCAGCUUGCCCUGAUAAAGCUUGGUCCUUUGAUUUGCGCAACACCUCGGCGUGUAAACUUCUCCGUUUUCUUUCCUAAGUUACGUUUUCAUGUAAUCAUUUUAUUGAUCAUUCUGCAUGCGGUAUACGAUAAUGUUGGUGUUUUAUAUUGAUUUUCUCCGUGGAAUUUCAAAUGUCUGUAUGUUUCCCGUUCGUUAUCUCUGUCAUGCAACGACAGUCUGCAGCUGAUAGGCCGUCGCGAAAUUUGUUCGUUCCACUGUUGUCUAUGCUUGCUUAAAAUUCAUCCUCGGGAAAUCCUGCUUCAAACUUAAAGAUCAUUAGCAGUCAAAAGGGCACGGAAUUGGAACUGGUGUCCGACCUUUCACGGCUAUCUUCCCCACAUGAGGGAAUUCGAUAAGGCUGAAAUAUAAUCACCCCCGUCCUUCCCGCCCCUGAAAUCCUUACUUCCAUGGUUGUUUAUUACACUCGUUGGUUAAUUGACCUCGCAGAUGACGCUGUCGACGGCAUCUCUACAAUAUUAAUUUCAUUGAAUUUUAGUAGCUCAUGCAAAGUUUUGCUAUCUACCUGAAACAAGUGCCUUUGGAAGUACGCCCAAGCCAGUCAUUUGCUUAAUGCAGAAAAAGAAACUGCGGUAACUUGAGAUGCCAACAUAAUGGGGCUUCAGUUCUCUUGCGAUGGUAGAAAAUUUAACACCAAUGAUGAGCAAGAGUCAGCCAUUUAACCAUUCAGGGUUUAAUUUGAAUUGAAGAGUCCAUAAAAAGACACGCUGAUAUGGGAGUGGCAUUACUGGCGGUUAAUGUUGCUGGUACCUUUCUCGGCAGUUAAUGAAUAUCACGCUGUUACCCGCUAUGGCUGAUGGACUUCGGCCCAAAUAUUCGUGCAUAAAUAUUUCGGUCUGUGCCUAUAGACAGAAUAUACUGAUCUACUCCACGUUCGCAGCUUAUUUCUGAGGAAAUUAAAGAGCUCCAAUUAUAAACAACACUCAAAAAUGACCUUAGCAUGAUGGUGGGGUUGCCGCGUUCACGGAAUACAGUGUGGUUUGGGGGUUGAUUUCAGAGGAAGGUGGCUAUAUUUCAGCCUAACCAUCGGUCCACUAGAGAAAGGUCUAAAUUAAAAGUGUUUUCAUCGCACUGAAAAGCAAUUUUGCGUGUCCCGGACAAAAUUUGAAUGUAAUACAUGUCUUCGUACUGCAGCAUCUGUGUCGUUUGGUAGUAUGGACCACUGGUCGCUCCUGUGAGUACGUAGAGCGUUCAUCUCUAGAUACACUGCAGCCUUGGAAGUUCUUAUAUUUUCUAUGGAGAAGACACAUCUAAAAGACUCUUAACUUGUUUCCAAUCAUCCAAACUCACCGGCAAACGUUACCUGAUGACGCAUGAGGUUCUUUGAGUAAUGUAGCCAAGAGCAGAAAAUAUACAUACUACGGGCAAUGCCGAUCAUCCGAACAUCUCUAAAUACCUGAGCAAAAAUAACAGCCCUCUGUUUACUCAAUAGUUGCGCUCAACGCAUUCGUCCGCGCGAAUGGAGAUGUUCGUUAGUCCUGACGUUGAGCACUAGUGAGGGAUCUUACAGGUCAUGUUGCCUCAGGGAGUAAGGGCGCUGCACAAACAGAAUACACUUUUCAUAAACUUUCCUCAAGGGUAAUUAGUCGUAACAGAAGCAGAUAGAGGAGAGUGCAUGUUGUCCAUAAAAAAACAUAAUGGCGGGGAAAAUCAAUGGCAGAAAUUCCUCUCAGGCAUACAAUCGUUUUUUAUCGAUGCCGGUUCUCACAGACGGCUAAGAAGGAAGUGCAUUCAAAACCGACAUGCUGUAGUGACUGACAUAUCCUUGGACUAGGUUGCGCUUUAUAACGACACCUAAGUAAUCCCUCCUAAUAGCAAAGGGUUUAGAAGAAGGAGAUGCAAUCACUGGAACAAGAAAUUUAUUGGCCUGACGUUUCGGAUACUCACUCGAAUACAUCAUCAGAUACAUUCGCAGAUAAAGGUUAUGGUGGCAAAAGAAGUGCAGUAUUUAUAGCACGUGGCUGCCGUGGGACCAUAUGCGACACUGUAAUUAACAGCUCUCGCAAUCAACGCUGGGGUCGUAAUUGAUGCGGUGGUGGCUUGUUAGUCCGAGUCCGAGUCGUUAAUGUCUGUGAUUUCGUCAUCCGUGCUGGAUGCUGUUGUGACGAUUGAUCGGCAAAUUGGCUCACUGUCCCUGGGAUAAUUGCUCGUCCCCGCCCUCUCUACGCGACUGAUUCCCCCCUACUUAGGGAAUGUCUCAGCAGUGAAUAUGGUACCGGGAGGUCAUUGUGCUUGUUGCUGGAUUGCGGGCCUGAGCACUAUGACUCGAGCAGCUCGCGACUCACGCGGUUGGCACCUUUUGCGAAGAGUUCAGCUUCUUGAAAUUUAAAAACAUGGCCGGGUCCCGUCGUGUGCCGCCAUCUGAGAGCUAGCGUCUCCCCGCCUCACUGCUGAUGCGUGCUUGGCAAUUCGCGUACGUAGUAAUCUCCCAGUUUUUCCGACGUAGUUGCUUUAUCCGCAACUACACCAGAUCCGGUAAACGACUCCAGACGUCACCUGUCGUGACAGCGGGUCGUUUGGCCUCAUGACUUGGCGCCUAAUUGUUGUUCUCGGCCUGUGUGCAACUCCAACUCCAAGUGGAGUGAGAAGACGACUGACGGGUUCCGAGACGUUCUUCACGUACAGAAGAGCCCGCCAACAUUUGGGGCCGUUUGGAUUUGGUCUCAGGUGUCGUUUUCGUAUGCACUGGUUGAAAAAGUUGCGCGGGUAACCAUUGGCUCUCAUUACCCGUCGAAGAUAUUUUAGUUCAGCAACCUUGUCUUCCAUUUCACUGCAGUGCGCCUCAACGCGCCGGUAUAGCGCCCUUACGCAACUGACUUUGUGAUUGAUCGGGUGGUUGCUAUUGAAGUUCAGUAUUUGCUUAGUGUUUGUCGCUUUCCCGAACACUUUGGUUUUUAGGCCACCACAAUAUUUGAGGCAGAGGAGGACAUCCAGGAAGGCCAGCUGAUUGUUUUUCUCCGCCUCCAUCGUGAAUUGAAUGCCCGGUAAGACGGCGUUGAGAUGUUCUUUGAAUGUCUCCAAUUCCAAAAAAUUACUAAAUUAGGGUUAUCAUGUUAAUUAUCGUGUUGCAUAAUGCCAAAAUAUUUCGAUUACGUCUGGAUGUCAGCCUUCGAGGGAGCCUAUUAUUGGCCGCUUGCGUAAAUUUCGUUCUAUAAAAAUGACUACCUACCUAUUGUGAAUUGUUCCUACCUAUUUUCGAUUAUUUCACAAGUUCAUAUGUAUUUUACAUAUAAUAUGCGCAAAAGCAUUCUUUCUUUUGCUCACUUAAUAGAAAAUUACGUCUUCUUAAAGUGUUUUUACAUGCAGAAAGGACAUAAUCUGCUUUUAAAGAAGUUUCUUCUCAUGAGACUUUUUGAAACUCUGGAAUGUCCGAUCAUAUAGCACCACAUCAGCACAUAUAUAAGUCCUGCUUAUAAAAUGGACAGCUUCGUUCACAUUCAUUGCAAAAUUGUAUAAGUCCCAUAUACCCUUUUCUAAUGGUGUAUAAAAAAUUGGACUUUCCUCACACGGAACGGAUACGCCUGGUAGUUUGGAAACCGCGAAAGUAAGUGUAACGACAGGCCAAGUUCAAAAUUAUUCGGCAAUGGGGAAAGAUUUUAAAACCGAAUAGUGAACUUUCUCCAAGUACAAAAUUAGAAGAAGAACUAAUUGGCCACCAAAUAAGCAAAAGAAAGAAUAUUUUUUCAUGUGCCUUUCAUGAAGUAACUUUGAAUUUAAAAGGGGCUCAAAAACCAAUGGGAAACAUUCACAUUAAUUAAGCAGUCAUUUUUUAUGCACUGUAGCUUACUCAGGCAGCCGAUAAGAAGCCCUUUCAAAAGUCGACAUCCUGACGUAAUUGGAAUAUCUUGGCAUUGUGCGACAUGGUAGUUAACAUGACUACCCUACUUAGGAAACUGUUUCGAAUGGAAAAUGAAUUUCAGAAUUUCGGUUAACAUCUAGUGAGAUAGCGCAUCCACUGCAUCCCCCACGGAAGUGCAACAAAUAAAUAAGCAUAUCGUGCCCACGUUCCAAAGCGUCUCUAUCAGGAAGGUUCACUAGAAGCACCUUCAUAGGCUUCUUAAACAGCAACAAAUUAGCACAAACAGUAAGCGCGUUUAAUGAGAUGCCUUCGUUUUAUAAACCAUUUCGAUGAAACACCAUCAUUGAUAAUGUACCGGCAGGCAAAGGAAUGCCAUUACAUUUAAGAAGCAAAAUUUUGAUUGUGAACGCAUUAAGACGCAUGACAGAACAUAGCGCUAUGUUUACGUUUAGUAAGUUUCCCUUACCGGAAUCACCUUGAACGAUUGAACAGACUUAGUUGCCGAUAGGAAUGUAAUUAACCUGUUUUCGGUAUUAAAACAGCGAGUUUCUGUAGGAAUCUCGGACUAAAAACCCGUGGAAAUUUGCAUAACCUGUUAAAUGUCAAAUGUACUUACUGGGAAUAAUGAUCUGCUGUUGCGAACCUUUAAUCACUAUCAGCAACUCAUAAGUUAAAACUCGAAGAGCCUAUCUUUAUCAUAACAAUUUAGAAUAUCUAUUUUUCAUUUGACUUACAUCUGAAAAACGCAGCGGGCUUGGUGGGAUUCGAAUCCACGAUACCAAUGGCAAGGCUUAGGUUCAACCAACGCUCCAACUACCUGAGAUAUGAGGUCCUGGCAAGAACCGUAAAUCUAAUCGCAUUUAGAUCUACUGAUUAGAUCGUCGGCUAUACUCAAGCCUUGCCCUUGCUGACACGGGUUCGAAUCCCAUCGAGGACGUCGAGAUUAUCAAAAAUGGGUCAAAUGAAUUAUUUACAUCUGCCAAGAAUACCUAUUAAUAUUUAUUGUUCCAAUUUAAAAGCCUGUUUCCAUCCUGAGCGAAACAAACUUCAGACUAAACAUCCAAGACAGGGUACAUACCCCACAUACCACCUCGGACUUACUUCAGCGACUUACUGAUGCAUGCAUUUGUCCUCUGGUCCCUAAUUAAUUUCAUUGCGUCUGCUCGUUUAGUAGCAGAAUGCACUUCUGUAAUCGACGUCAUCAUCGAAAAUCGGGUUUCUUACAUUUUCUUCGUAGCUCCAGUAAAAUGCUGCAUUUGUUUAUCCGUGUCGUCUCCCUUUAUUUUUUAAGCGCCCUGUCAUUCACGCGUUGCUUGUUUUGUCAACGACUGGUGUGCUGCUCUAAAGAAACUGUUACUGAAAUGAAAUACAUUUUCUUCAGUCAUUUGUGGCGACUCGGACAGGUUUUCCAGGCGCCAGAGGCCCAGGUGACAGACAGGUCACGUAACAACCAGAACCAUAAAUCAGUCGCAAGAAGGCUACCUGUUUAGCCGACAGAUUCACCCGACAGAUCCGGAGUAAUCUCAGAGACAGGCAAGAAUUCGUUCCGAUUGACUGUGUCUGGUAACGAGAUCUACGUAGGAGAGUCAGAGAGGGGAAUCCGCUUUAUUGUGAAAUCAUAAAUUCAAAAUUCUUAGUAAAAGACGGUGGAUUCUCUCUCUCUCUCUCUCUGUAGAAGCAGCAUGUUUGCUCCCAACAGCAUCCGACGAUACGGAAUUUAAACAGGUACUUGAUACGGAGAGAGUCCUUUAGGUGAGCAAAUGACCUUUUUAAAUCUUAGGUUUAAAGCCAGGAAAAGUAUUCAGACGCGCGAUUAAGGCAAUCGGGAAUGACAACCCUUCCAGCAGGCCGGCGGGACAGAGAAGGCGAUGAGCAUGGGACCUCUUCAGAAGGCAGAAAAGAUGGCGCAUUUAGGCCACGCCAUACGGUAAAUAGUUUUGCCAUUCUAAAAUGUCGUCCAACACCGGCAACAAAUAUCUUCAAUUUAAAUUGACAGGGAAUAUGGGUUGAUGAGGAAUUGUUGAGGUAUGCUGAAUGUCCAUUUUGGUAACAAACAGAACUGUCAUCACGGAAGCAAUCAUAGACGAGAGGAGGAACGGAUGGCAGAGGGGGACACUCACCAAUCGUUUCUACGGGACGCAUUCGUUCCAUUAUGUCUUAGGACUCUCUCUUAAGUCCAAAUAGCAGCUGCACGGUGGAGCAUGAUAUAGACAAAAUGGCAUUACUGGCAAAGACAAGGGAGACUGGAAUGGCUAUUUCUGGCUUAUUAGCCGUCGUCAGCCAGUCAUACUCAACUCCGAAGUGCGGAACAUCUGGGGCUCUAUCCUGCGACCUGUUGGUUAAACGUUCAACGCCUCAAACCACCGAGCCACGAGCUCGUUUUCUUGUCGGUUGCGAUCGAGAAUAUAUAAUGUUAGAGGGGUACUCACUGAUCGUUUAUUUUUACGGGGGAACAGAUGCAUCAAUGAGUCGCCGAAGCUAAUGCCAUGUUAGUUGAGAUCGUUAAAGAGAGAGAGAAACGAAACCUUGAGAAAGGAGUACACUUUAUUUUGUAGGUAUCAUCUAUAAUUCUCAACAAAAAGGGCUCCAUCCACUGUGGACAGAUGAUAAAUUAACAAAUUACGCAAGAGCCAGAAUGUUUGCAUAAAAUGAGCAUCUACUACAAGGACAGUUCAAGUCUCCGUUUCUACACCUCUGACUCUUUGAACGCAAGAUUGGCUGCCAGAGAUGGCAAUACAGAACGCUGAUAUGCCGAUGCACGACAAGAAAUAAUUCGAAAGCCAUGGCGCAUGGGCCGGGAAGGCUUCGUGGUGCAGGGAAUGAGCAACGUCAUCCAGAAUUUGACCAACAAAUUGUUUGACCGUUUUGAAAUGUCGCUGUAUGAUAAUAUCGACUAAAGGCGCAAGAAACACUAGCAGCAGAAGAGAGCAUUGAUGGGGGGGGGUUGGUUUUAAAAUAACAUAUAUUUUUUAAAACGGGGAAAAUGACGAGAGGACAAUAAAGAGUGCGAGGCAGGCUGUCUCCUGCCGUUUCUUCGCAUGUAAACUCUAUGGCUGAGAAGACGGUAUUUAGUUUUUGAUGCAGCCGUUUGACUUUGCAGUCCUUUAUGGCGAAAAAGGCUCGCCUACGUAACAAAGACACACUCUAAGAUUGAGGGCUUGAAUAGCCUCUUCUUCUAAUCGUCGUAAGACUUGAUCAGCAAGUAGUUUUAAAACUGGUGGGCCCAUUUCGGUUUCCUUAAUCUGUUCGUAGCGCUCGUUGUCGGAUUGGCAGCUGGUUAUUGAGACAAAGCUUGGGAAAUCCAAAAACGUACUGCCUUAGGAUUUCAAUAUGGUUGUCUUGUAAGCUCUCGGCCUACGCUCACAAUUGUCAAGUCGUGUGGUAUAAGGGCGAAAAGGACAAUGACGUCAAAAGGCAAGAUGCAUUCAUCAGGACUUACCUUCAGGUCUUGGACCAUGUGAAGGAAUGCAUGGGGGAGGUUAGUGCUGGAUUUCGAUUCCCGAGUUAGGUGCUUCCAAGGCCUGUACAUACGUCUCUGCCACUGUCUCUGAUAAUAAUAAUAAUAAUAAUAAUAAUAAUAAUAAUAAUAAUAAUAAUAAUGAGGAGGAGGAGGAUGAGAAUGAGGAUGCUGAUGAUGAUGAUGAUGACGACGAUGAUGAUGAUGAUGAUGAUGAUGAUGAUGAUGAUGAUGAUGAUGAUGAUGAUGAUGAUGAUGAUGAUGAUGAUGAUGAUGAUGAUGAUGAUGAUGAUGAUGAUGAUGAUGAUGAUGAUGAUGAUGAUGAUGAUGAUGAUGGGUUCAAGUGA